AUGGAACUCGCCACUAGUUCACCAGAUGUCGUUAUUCGCCAUGGGCGCCAGUUUCAUAAGACCAAGAGUAACUAUGGGCUUCCCAACGACGAGGGGGAACAUACUCGCCUCAACUACCAGAAUGAAGCACUAAAAAUGAUGCUUGGUGCGAACUAUACUGCGCCCAUGCGGCAGCUGAAUGCGGGCGAAGGACCAUUAGAUAUGCUAGACGUUGCAAGUGGAAGUGGAAUCUGGGCCAUAGAGAUGGCUCGCGAGUUUCCCAAAGCACAAGUUGUUGGAAUAGAUAUGAGUAAUCCAGGAGCACUUGGUAAUAUUCCUCAAAAUGCAUCUUUUGUAAUAGCAGAUAUUACAAAAAGAUUACCAUUCGAAGACCAAUCUUUUGACGUCGUUCAGAUGAGAAUUGUCCCAAGUAUACACGAACGAACCUCUAUAUACAAGGAGAUUCACCGGGUGCUACGACCUGGAGGUUUUAUUCAAUUGGUAGAGCCGUCUCCUCACACAUCACGCGUAGGGCGUACCCCUCCUGCAAUGGAUGAGACUGACCAAGCAAUAAUCCGCUGUGGUCACAAGAGCGAAUCCAAGGGAGAGACAGCCCGUCAGAGGAGGAAUGGCAAUGAUAAAGAUGACUGGUCUAUGGGGAACAGGAUUGCAAGUGAUCUUCGCCGUGCUCCUUCGAUGUGGAUGAGCAUCCAUGAGACGUUGGUGGUUGUUCCCAUUGGCGUAUGGACACAAGAUGAGGUCAGUCGGGAGGCGGGUCGACUCAUGCAACACUGUGCCGUUGAGCUAAUCAAAGGGUUCCGUCCAAACUUGAUCGAUGACGCUGGACUCACGGAAGGCGAGGUAGACAGUAUGAUUACAAAGCUAGGUAACGAACUCGAAGAUGGCUCGAGGUGGCAACUCCAAGCUCCAUUCCAUUUCGUUUGGGCAGUCAAGACUUGA